AUGGGGCACGGCAAGAAAAACAUCGCAACACUCACAUUGCUCGCUUUCUCCUUAGCCGCCAUUCUGUAUCUCUGUACCUGGGCUCCAUACUCGCCUGUUUCGCCGGCGAGAGAUAACCUCGAUGCGGCUCUGAGGAAGGCUUCAAUGGCGUCCAACACACUCAUCAUAACCGUAAUCAAUAGGGCGUAUGUGGAGCCCGUCAGCGACGACAACCCUUCCAUGUUGGAUCUUUUUCUGGAGGGUUUCUGGGAGGGGGAAGGGACUCGGCCGUUGCUGGACCACUUGCUGGUGGUUGCCAUGGAUCACACCGCCUACGAACGCUGCGUUUUCCGGCGGCUCCACUGCUACGAAUUGAAUACGGACGGCGCCGGCGGCGUCGAUUUCUCCGGCGAGAAGCUUUUCAUGUCCAAAGAUUUUAUUAAUAUGAUGUGGCGGAGGACGCUGUUCCUCCUGGAUGUUCUUAAACGCGGUUACAACUUUAUCUUCACGGACACAGACAUAAUUUGGCUGAGGAAUCCAUUCACAAGGCUGAGCAGCAAUAGCACAGAGGAUAUGCAGAUAAGCACAGACAUAUUCACAGGGGACCCCUGGUCCACCUCCAAUCCCAUUAACACCGGCUUCUACUACGUAAGAUCAAACAAGAAAACCAUAAACUUGUUCCAAACAUGGUACGACAUGAGGAACAACUACCCGGCCAAAAUGAAAGAGCAAGACAUCCUGGCCUUCAUGAAACGAGAUGGAGUGUUCAAGGAGAUGGGGCUUGUUGUCAGGUACUUAGACGUCCUAUACUUUAGCGGCUUCUGCACCAACGCCAAAGACGCCGCGGCGGUCGCCACCGUCCACGCCAACUGCUGUCGGAGCGUUAAUGCCAAGGUUGUGGAUCUCAGAAAUGUGCUGAGCGAUUGGAAGGCUUAUAGAGACUCAGGGAACGAUGGAGCCCAUAACCGAAAUUUCCAGUGGACCGAACCUGUUAUUUGCAAAAAUUCUUGGGGUCGUAGUAACAACCACACUUCGGGAUAA